AUGGCAAAAUUCAUCACCAUAGCUAUGUUACUGUCUCAUACUUCUGGCCUCGAGACUAGUGGUACCCAAGGCUUUCCCGGUUAUGAUGUUAGCCGCAAUGCAAACGGACAUUUUCGCGCUGCACUGCCGGAUCUGGGAGAAGCGCUGGAAGGCAGUUGGCCGAGUAAUACUUUGCCUAUUCGACUUAAGGAUUGGCCUGGUCAUGUGUUCAAAUAUUCGGGAGGUGGCUAUGGCGUUUUGCAAUUGAUCAUCGAAGCGGUCAUGGGUCAACCAUUUGCGGAAGUCAUGCAGGAGUAUGUCUUUACGGCCUUGAACAUGAAAAGGUCGACGUACGCAGUCCCUGAUGACGAAGACUUGAACACCGAAAAACAGCAAGGAAAGGACAAUUAUGCAAGAGCAUACUAUAAUGGAUACACCGCUUGCGAAGCACCUCAUCGCAUGAACCCGGAACAGUCGGCUGCAGGCUUAUGGACAACACCAACCGAUCUCUUGCUCCUAGUUUCCGCCAUUCAGAAGUCUCUGCACGAGGAAAAUGCGUUUGUACCUCAACAUCUUGCCAAACAGAUGCUUGAGCAAGUCACGGCGGGCAUGGCUCAUGGUUGGCGCGUCACGAAGACUCAUUUCACCCAUAGCGGUAGCAACAUGCCAGGUUGGAGAUGCAAUGUCAUGGCCUCUUUUGACGGAAAUGAAGCGUUCUGCUUCAUGACAAACUCGGCUGAGGGCUUUCUGAUAGGCUGCAAAGUACAAGCAGCUAUGUCAUAUCUAAUUGGCUGGAAGAAAGCGGAAGAGUUUACAUAUAUUAGGAGUUGUGUUGUUCCGUUUGCUGAUGUAUCUGCUGUUCCGCCUGACGCAGCGGUCAUGGAAAAAUGGACCGGAAUGUGGAAAGAGCGAGGAACACAGUUUCAAGUACAGUUAAUGGCUAAGGAAGGAGUACCUUGGUUGAAGGUUGGUCAGAUGCCGGAGCAAUGGUUGUGGAUUGCUGCUCAUGGUGAAGAGGAAUCUAAAAAUGGGCGCAGAGUUGUAGCAGAUCUGGUCUGCAGAGGCGGAAUGGAAGUCCUGGUGAGAAUUUUGGAGAGUGAAAAUGGUGAAGCGCUGAUGGAGAUGUGGAAUGGCAAUACAGGAGAGGUGAUGGUGAUGGAGAGGGUGUCAUAA